UGCCCAUGGCAGAGGUGGACGGACCAGGCCCCCAGGGGGCGGAGCCUCAGAUUGCCAUGUACUGCGGCCGCCAGCUCCUGCAUAUGAACCCCCAGACGGAGUGGGAGCCAGACCCCCAGGGACGCCAGGGCUGCUUCACCGAACCCAGCCAGAUCCUGUCCUACUGCAGGCAGAUGUACCCAGACCUGCAGAUUUCCCACGUGGAGGAGUCCUCCAACCCGGCCACCAUCCCAGCCUGGUGCAAGAAGGGCUGGGACCACUGCAAGACGCGCCCCUUCAUCGUGCUGCCCUACCGUUGCCUAGUGGGGGAGUAUGUGAGCGAGGCCCUGCUGGUGCCUGAUCGCUGCCGUUUCCUGCACCAGGAGCAGAUGGACGCCUGCGAGAGCUACGUCUACUGGCACAACGUUGCCAAGGAGGCCUGCACCGCCGACGGUCUGGAGCUUCAUAGCUACGGGAUGCUGUUGCCGUGCGGUACCCGUUUCCGGGGGGUGGAGUACGUGUGCUGCCCGGGGAGGGGCGCAGGCGGCAGGAUGGAGGCCGAGGCGGCGGACGCCCUCACCCCCAACCUCACCCCUCAGACCACUGGCAGAGUCAACACAGCCACCAAAGUGACCCCCCCCACCCCAAGCCCCUCCCCGGACGUCGAUGAGGCCGACAUGGAGGAGGAGGAUGACGAGGUGGUGGAGGAGGAGGAAGAGGAGGAGGAGGAGGUGGAGGAGGAGGAGGAGGAGGAGGAGGAGGAGGAAGAGGAGGUGGACGAGGAAGAGGAGGUGGACGAGGGGGGGGAGGAGGAGGAGAAGGCGGCGGUCAAAGAGCCAGAGGUGUACGAGUACUCCGUCGACUCGGGUCCCUACCAGGCCCGAGACUACCUGGACUCUUACUACUACGCCAAGGGAGGCCAGGGGGCUCGCAAGCCCACCCCGGCCCCACCGCAGGCCAGGGGAGACAGCUUGCCCACACCCCGCCCCACGGACGGAGUGGAUGUUUACUUCGAGAUGCCAGGGGACGACAGCGAGCACGCCAACUUCCUGCGAGCCAAGAUGGACCUGGAGGAGCAGAGGAUGAAACGCAUCAACGGGAUCAUGAAGGAAUGGGCGGAGGCAGACAACCAGUCCAAGAACCUGCCCAAGUCUGACCGCCAGGCCCUUAACGAGCACUUCCAGGGAGUGCUGCAGACUCUGGAGGAGCAGGUGACCGAGGCCAGGCAGAGGCUGGUGGAGACCCACCUGGGCCGGGUGGUGGCCACCCUCAACAACAACCGCCGGCUGGCCCUGGAGAGCUACCUGACAGCCGUGCAGAGCGAGCCCCCCCAGCCUGAGCGGGUGCUGCAGGCGCUAAAGCGCUACAUGGCAGCAGAGCAGAAGGACCGCAGACACACCCUCAGACACUACCAGCACAUCGAGGCAGUCGACCCCCAGAAGGCUGAGCAGAUGAAAUUCCAGGUGUACACCCACCUCCAUGUCAUUGAGGAGAGGAUGAAUCAGAGCUUGGCUCUUCUCUACAAAAACCCAGUCUUAGCCGAGGAGCUGCACGAUGAUAUCCAGGAGCUGGUGAAGGCGGAACGCGGUGACAUCAGCGAGCUGAUGACCACCUCCUUCUCCGAGACGCGCACAACCGAGGAGCUUCUGCCGGCCGAGAGCCAGGAAGAGAAGGACGAUGAGGAGGAGGAGGAGAGAAACUUCCAGAACAGGCCCUACCCACCCCACAUCGAUCCUCAGCCCAGCAGUAAGAAAGCCUCCACGGCGGAUGAGUACGACUAUGGCACGUCCGAGAAAGGCCCUGCGGAUGAAUACGAGGAGAAGAUAAACACCUCUGUGGAGCUCAAGCAGGUGGUCUACAAGUCCCCGGGGAUCGAGCGAGAUGAGUUGCAACCCGACGCCCUGGAGACAUUCAACCGCGGGGCCAUGGUGGGGUUGCUGGUGGUGGCCGUGGCGAUCGCCAUGGUGAUGGUGAUCAGCCUGUUGCUGGUGCGCAGGAGACCGUAUGGGACCAUUAGCCAUGGCAUCGUAGAGGUUGACCCCAUGCUGACCCCCGAGGAGAGGCAGCUCAACAAGAUGCAGAACCACGGCUACGAAAACCCCACCUACAAAUUCUUCGAGCAAAUGAACUGAGGCGGUGGGUGUGGCCUGCCGGUCAUGUCCAAUCACAUUCUUUGUUUCCCUCUAGGGGCGGUCCCACUCACUCCUCCAAUGACGUAAUUAAGAUGUAUUACAACCUAAAAGUAAUUGACAAGAUAGCAGGAGAUAUGCCCCUUUCAUACUGUAUAUGACCAACCAUGUCCCUGCAUCCUUCUAGGAGGAGAACAAUUCCAUGUUGAGACCCAGUAUCAAAGACACAUAUUACCAACUCACCCAUCCUCCUAGUUGUUUGGUUCAGGGUAAAAAGGUGUUCUGGCCACAGUAUUUCCACCUUCAUUCAACAGACCCACAGCUUUCCACUGGUCUGAGUUGGCCCCCUUAUUCUUCCAGAAGUGGUCAUCUGUCAGAGCCAGCCCCAUUGUUCGCCAGUGUUGUGACUGAAACAAGUUUUGAUCAGUAUGAUAUGAGUUAAUUUAAGCUAAUUGUAGGGUCAUUGCAAUUGAUUAACAUAAGGACAUUAAAGUAAAAACUCUUCAUGAGGAACCUUUUCAGUUAUGCUUCGGCAACUACCAGUCCAAUCCAUGUUUUUGUGGACACUUCCUGUUCCCUCACUAACCACACCUCCACAAGCCAAUGGUGGACUUGCCAUCACUUAGAGCCAGUAAUCAUCACCAUCAUCAUUAUCAUCAUCAUCACAAACCUGUCUGUCAGGGCUGUUGUGGAGGCUUGGUGAGCAUGUGAUGUCUUUUUAGCUUGAUUGACCAUAGGUACUUCACACCCAAAACAAAAACAUAAAUCUAUCCAUCCUAAACCCUUGUUGAGAUGGUCUGCUUUCUCAACUCAAAUCCAUCCCCCUUCAAUCUAAAGAAUUGUACACAAUCGACCCUAAGAGCCUACUUCAUGUGACGGAAGCUACUCAUUUGAUCAGUGUAUCAAAUGUGCCAUUGAUUUAAUUUAGUGAGUAAAGUGAAUGAUAGAUUUUAAUUUGUUCUUGUACUGCUACCUAAAGAAUUGUAACAACGUAAUCGGAAGUCCAUUACUUUAUUGAAAGCAUGCAAAUUUGGUGUAUGAUGCUACUGUAUUUGUUACUGUUUUGCUUUUGAUAAGAUGGAAAUGUCGCAACGGAGUCAGUGUACAUACUUUAGGUCUAGAAGAAAAGAACCUUACUUAAAAACCGACAUUUCUAAGAUUAAUUUGCAUUGGUGUCAUGGAGUUAUAUAAAAUAGAGAACUUUGUGCUGUUCAGAGAGAGAGAACAUUUUCCUAACAUGGCUGAUUGAAAACGGACUGUUGUAAAAACCAGCACAAGUCAACGACACAGUAACUUCUGACUGAAUGUAUUUUAGGUAGAAGCUGAAGCUCCAUUUUGACUCUUGGUAGUGCAUCUGCCACCCCUAGUGGGACCCUGAGGAAGUCCACCCAUGUGUUGUAGACGAGCUUCUCGCCUGUUCCCCUCCUCUUCAGGUCCAUGUAGCUCCCUGGUCCUGCUCUCCUUCCCAUCAGGCUGAGUUUAGGUGUUGUCGUGGGUUCAUAGUUGACUUCAUUGUUUCAGAGCGUUAACAGGAACCAAUAGGCGUUGAUGGUGAUGUUCAGAUGAUUGGUCGUCGUUUUUCUUUGAGCGGGGAUAUGUACAGUGUCGGUUUGAGUUCGAAUGUGAACACCCUGUUUGCGUUUCUCCGGUAUAUCCGACUCAUCUGUGGUCAUGCCAACCUGACAUCUUAGCCCCAACAAUGUUGAAUGUUAACCUUCUGAUGAUGACAUUUUCAGUUAAACUCUGUCACCGAUAGAUCACAUCUCACCGCCGUAAUCACAUUAGUCAGACUACGAUCAAUAUUGUUCACUGUGUAUGUUUAUAUUGCAGACAGGAGGGAUCUCCCUCUUCUAGAUUGUUGACCUGUUGGGUGGGUUUGAGUCAACCCCCAUGCUAGCAGCUGAGCUAACUGAGAGGCUAAUGUUCACGUCGUACAGUACGGCCAAGAGGAGCCUUCCCUUAUUGUCCCUCCUCACUGCGAGCGCUGUGAAUCUGCUGUUCCGACGACACAAACCAAAAUCCCCCUUCUCUCACAGAAUCCUGGAAAUAGCUCUUUUUUUAAAAGAUACAUAAAUACGAACAAAUCCUGGAAUCUUCAUCUUUUAUUUUGACCAAUGGCUGUAUUUCUGCUGUUGUGUACUUGCUGUAGAAACUCUGUAGUGAUAACAUCAGGGGAGGGAUGAAGUGCACCACUCAAACUCAUAACCACGUUAUAUCCUGAACACUGCGUUGAGUAGAAAUGGGAAGUUCAUAUUCCAUUUCCUGUGUUGCUUUUGACUGUAGGAAUCCUAGAUUGCGGUUGCAUCAUGAUAGGUAAAGAGUGAGGAUAGUCCUUGUAUAAUUUGUACAGUUCUGUUAGUAAAUGAAAAUGUGGUAUAUUCACAGUUGAAAUCUGUUGACCUUGUAUUGAUACCGAGGUCAUAGACGAGAUUACGCUUGCCUAUGUUUCCCCAACCUCUCAAGGUGUCCUACCAGCAUUUAGCAGAAUUAGACUAGUGUGUACUGUAGUUACUCACCUCACAUUUGUAUGUCUUCUCUUGGAGAAAAGAAAACUUCUAUGUUGGCCUCCAUUCCCUUCUCUCCCAAUGAUAAUGUAAACGAUGAUCAUGGAGAUUUUAAUUGCUGCAUUAUUGCCUUUUACAAUGCUGUGUUUUGGAUGUAAUUAUAUGUAUUUUUUUUUUAUAAGUAAUAAUUGAUUGGAUAGAGAGGGUCUUGCUUAUUCACUGUAAGAAAAUUUAGGAAUUCUAGCUUGUAUAAGAACACAUAGAAUCCAGUGAUGUGAUCAGUCAAAAGGAAUUGACCUAUACUGUACGAAUUGAUCCCUAACGUAGCACCAAGCACAACUACAACCAGAUGGAACAAAAAAAUAUUAAAAGAAAACUGAUUUAAACGACCAUUAGUGUGACUAUGCUGAUUGGAAGGUUUUGGUAGCAUCUUUGAGAGAGCUGAUCAGUUUCAUUCAGAUCUUGACCAAAGACAUGCUCUAGAAAGACAUUCGCCGUUUUACUAAUUUGACAAAUUGUCUCGAGUUGUUGUGUAAUUACUGUACUAUGUGCAAGCAAUCUGAGAAACAGACGUCUGAUCAAGCUAAUUAAUAGUGUAAUAAAAUGAAAAAUGACCCAUAAA